AUGUGGCCGGCAUUUAUUGUUAUAUUGGUGGUAGUACUUAAUCAGUGUGAUGCAAGUGAAUGGAGACAGGUGCACACCGCGCAGGGAGAUGUGCGCGGACGCAAGGACCCUGACGGUGGACUGUACAGCUUUUACAAUAUACCGUAUGCUACAGUACCUACAGGACCCGAUAAGUAUAAGGCUCCCCUGCCAGGACCGGUGUGGCAAGAACCACUUGAUGCUGUAGACAAGAAGAUAAUAUGCUGGCAAGCCAACACUCAAUUAAUGGAUUUAAGCUUCGCAAAUAUGCAAGAAAAUUGUCUCGUUGCAAAUGUAUUUGUCCCCGACACAGAAGAAAAGAACCUUCCAGUAUUAGUAAUCAUACACGGAGGAGGAUUUGAAAUUGGAUAUGGUGACAUGAUAUCACCCAAAAAUUUAGUAAGGACGAAGAAAAUUAUUGUCGUUAAUUUCAACUACCGACUUGGAGUACACGGAUUCUUGUGUCUGGGCUCAAAAGCCGCUCCAGGUAACGCUGGACUGAAGGAUCAAGUUGCUCUACUUCACUGGGUGAAGAGAAAUAUUGCUAAUUUUGGUGGCAAUCCUGACGAUGUUACUGUAUCAGGCGGUAGUGCUGGCAGCAUGUCUACACAUUUGUUGACGCUGUCAAAGUCAGCGGAAGGGCUUUUUACUAAAGUCAUACCAGAAAGUGGGGCGGAUGUAUCAACUGCUGCUUUUCAGUUAGAUCCACUUGAUAAUGCCAAAACUUACGCUAGAAUGUUAAACUUUACAGAUGUAGAUGAUUUCAAGGCUUUAGAAGAAUUUUAUAAGAGUUUUUCUUUGAAAUCAAUUAUAGUGGGUUCAUUUGGUACUAGGCAAAAUGCAACAUUUUUGUUUGCGCCGUGUAUGGAAAACGAUACAGAUGAUCAAUCAAUUUUUACCGAUUAUCCAGUUAACAUAAUCAAGAAGGGUAAAUAUAAAAAAGUCCCUACUUUAAUUGGCAUCGCCAAUAUGGAAGGAACAUGUCAACUACAUAAUUUUGAUUUAUGGAAAGAUGUUAUGAACGAAAGGUUUUCAGACUUCUUACCCGGUGAUUUACAAUUUCCAAGUGAGGAAGAAAAAGAGGAAGUCAGUAAAAGAGUUAAAGAAUUUUAUUUUGGAGAUCAGCCGGUAGCUGAUAAUACAAUAUUGUCUUAUAUUAAGUAUUUUGGAGAUAUUAUCAUAAACUUUCCAACAUGGAGAUCUGUAAAACUACACGUAGAAGCCGGACAUGACCAAAUAUAUUUAUAUGAAUAUUCCUUCGUGGACGAAGUUAGCCCCGUAGUUCCUCAUACCGACGUGCGCGGUGCUGGACAUUGUGCUCAGACAGCAGCACUACUUGAUGGAAUACCUUUCGUAUCCGCUGAUGAGAGUAAAUUAUCAGAAGAGUACAAACAAAUGAAAUCGACAAUUAGAGAUAUCUGGUACAACUUCGCAGUAUAUAGGUCACCUAUACCACAAGGAUCGUCUCUGCCCGCCUGGCCAGCGGCUGGUGCUGAUGGCAGUCCAUAUAUGUCUUUUGGGAAAACAAUCCAUUUAGGAAAUGGAACAUUUCUGGGGGAACGAGCACAAUUGUGGAAUGAUAUUUAUGAAAAGUAUUUCAAAGCGCCAGUAGCGCCACCAAAACAACGACGUACAGAGUUAUAA